AUAACGCAGUAACUUUUGUUUUCAUUGUUUUGUGGAACACCUCGUCUCCCUUGCAGCCGUUUUUUUGGAGCGUUGUGUGACAUCCAAAAAAACGGCUACGCUGAGACUAUGGAACACCUCGAGGUCUGAAACUGAAGAAAAUGUAGGUCCUAGUUCAAGCCUUGUUGUCAUAUUUUUUCCUUAGACAAAAAACUUUGCUCCACUUUAUAUCUCAGGGAGAGGGUGCAGGGGGUGUGCAACCCCCGCCCCCCUGAGAUGACCUGCAGUUUUCUAAUACAACUGGUAUUCUGCAAAAAAAAAACUAUGUGGUUUAUUGGUGUUGAAGUAGAGCAAGAGACGAGUGCACCCCCUCCUAAAAAAAAUCCUGGAUCUGCCCCUGCAUCUCUUCACCCAAGUGUAUAACUAGGUACCAGCGACUUGGUGUGAUGGAAUAACAUCCUAUUCAGAGGGGGGAGGGUGGUAGAAAUAUUCCCAGCUGCUAAUUAGUUUUGCCAUGGAAAAUGGAAUAAGCUCUGGGCUGAUGAGCAAUUUGGUUUCUAUGCAGACUUUAACCUAAACCUUUGUUUCGAUCAUACUGCAGCCCCAACUGCUCUUCAUACUCAUGGAAUUGCUAAAGGAAAGACUGUCACAUCACAUCCUUCUGUCAAAGAUAAACUGGAUGGUAUGUUUUCACAUGACUGCAUACAUUUUUCAUUCUAAAUUGGAAAAUAAACAAAUAUUUGUGUAGCCUGCAUAUUUUUGUAAAAAGUUAAAACUAUACUGUGAGCUGCUUAUACCAUUUUAAGGAAGUUAAUUUUAGCAAUUGGGUUGAAUUUUUUUUGCCAAGUCUUCACUGAAAUUAUUGCUUGACUCACCAGGCAGCACUGUGUGUCCUGUAACCAUAAAAUUGCCCCUAAAGUGUUUUAUUUAGUUGACCUAUUAUUAUUUACUUUGUAUGAGACUCAUGUUCGGUUGGCUUAAUUCUAUUUUUAAUUAUUAAAAAUAGAAGUUAAACCAACCAAGCAUUUUUUAUUAUUAAAAAUGGAAGCUAAACCAACCAAACAUGAGUUUCAUACAUAAGGUCAACUAAAGUUUAAAUCCUACAAUAUUAGAAAUCUCUGUGUGAUGUCUAACAGUUCUUUUUCCUAUCCUUAAAGAAAUUGAUGAUGUUCUCAAUUAUCUGGAAACUUGAAGAUAGAAUAAACAUUAUCAUACUAAACUCUGUAUAUUUUAAAUGUAUAUGGUAACUUUUCUGUGUUCCUCAUGCAAAUGAAGAACUGCUGUUACAAGUUUGGUGGUGUAAAAUUUGAUCGUUUUUGUCUUGAAGGUUACACCUACUCUGAAGACCAAGUUGUUCGAGAUGGAAACCUGGUAACUAGCAGAGGACCUGGUACUGCUUUUGAGUUUGGUAUUGAACUUGUACGUGCUGUACGAGGUGAUGAUGGUGAAGCUGAGAAGCUCGCUGGCCCAAUGCUGAUUAAAUAA